AUGAAUUUGUACCAUCAAUUUCAAGUUGAUGAAGCAUUUUUGGAAGACCCAAUUCGAGUAACGAACGAAUUAUCAGAGUUUGAAUUUAUUCCAAAGUAUAGUGAGCUCAAUUACUCAAUUCACAUGCUAAGAUCACUUGCGUUGAAAUGGUUCAUAUAUUUGUCACUAUUAACUGCUAACCUUCUAGGAUUUAUACUAUUUUUAAAAGGGUUUUUUCCUUCAAAAGUUGUUCUUCCUGGAUUAGGUACUUUUUUACAAGAUGAAAAUCAAUCACCAUUUUUGAACGAAAGAAAACAACCACAAUUCGAGAAAAUUAUAUUAAUGGUAGUGGAUGCAAUGAGAUCGGAUUUUUGUUUUGGGGAAGACUCUAAUUUCAAAUUCUUACAUCAAUUAAUCAAUGAAGGUCAUGCUAUACCAUUCACUGCAUUUUCAAAUCCACCAACUGUAACUUUACCGAGAUUGAAAGGGAUAAGUAGUGGAGAGACCCCUAGUUUCUUAGAUGCGAUAUUGAAUGUUGCUGAUGAUUAUGAUAACACACAGGGAUUACAUGCCCAGGACUCUUGGAUAAAGCAAUACAAAAAUUUGAAUAAAACAAUAAAUUUUUUUGGAGACGAUACAUGGUUAAAAUUAUUUCCUAACGAGUUUAGUGAAUUUGAAGGAACAAACUCCUUUUUUGUUAGUGACUUUACCGAAGUAGAUAAUAAUGUUACCCGUCAUUUGGAUCAUCAAUUGAACAGUAAGGCAUGGGACGGUCUAAUUUUACAUUACUUAGGUUUAGACCACAUAGGUCACAAAAGUGGUCCCUAUUCAGUAUAUAUGAAAUCCAAGCAAAUUGAGAUGGAUAAUAUCUUGAGACGACUUUAUAAUUUUACAAAUGAAAAUCAAGAGACUUUAUUGAUUUUAAUGGGAGAUCAUGGAAUGAACGAAGUAGGUAAUCAUGGGGGAUCAUCUGCUGGUGAAACUUCAGCUGCAUUAACAAUAAUAUCUCCUAAAUUUAAUAAACAAAAUCCUAUUGCUCCCUUGCCAAAAAAUUCAGAUUAUAAAUACUACAAUUCAGUAUUUCAAAUUGAUUUGGUACCUUCUUUGGCAAGCUUAUUAAAUUUUCCAAUUCCGAAGAAUUCACUAGGAGUAAUUACAAGAGAAGUAAUUGAACUUUGGCCUGAAAAUUUACAAAUUAAAAUUAUGUUGGAAAAUUGUAUUCAAAUGAUGAAAUUGUAUGACGCGAAGUAUGGAAAUGAGGGACAACUUUCGAGAGAAUGGGAAAAGUUAAAAUCUGGACACGGUUUAUUGGACGAGUACUACUGUUUUUUACAAGAAGUUCAAUUAAAAAUGGCUUCAUCGGCAACGAAUUAUAAUUACGAUGAUAUUUACCUAUCAGCGAUCGUGAUUUUAAUUUCUACUAUUGCAAUCAUUUCAAUUUUUAAUUUGUAUUUUUUCACCCUGUCAAACGUUAAGCAAAGUUUCGUCAUAAUUUUUCUAAUAUUUGUUUUCAUUUACUCAAUUCAUUUUCAUGGAUCUUCCUUAAUUGAAGAAGAACAUCAAAUUUGGUAUUUUGCUACAUGUUUGAUUUUGAUAUAUUUUGGGUUUAGCUUUUUCAAAGUAUUGGACAAUAAAAUGAAUUUAAUUAAUUUUUGUUUAUUGUUCUCUUGCAUAAGACUCUUAAAAUCAUGGAAUAAUAGUGGUCAAAAAUGGUUCACCCAAUCCAACAUAGCAUCUUAUUUAUGCAAUGACGGUGAUGAUAUUCUUUGGAUAUUGAUAGCAUUGACUUAUAUUGUAUUCACGUUGGCUAUAGUGUUUCAAGGAAACACAAAUCAAAUUCCAAGAUCAUUCAAAUGGUUAUUAUUUUGGAUUUUUCAAAGUUAUAACAUCAAUAUUAAUCAUCCUGAUUUAAAAUUUGAAUUGCAAACGAUAAGCAUACAAUUGUCAAAAAUAAGUUCCUAUUUGCUACUAUUUUUAGUAGUCGCUAGACUCCUUAUCGGAAGAAUCAAGGGCAUAAAGUUUGGCACUAUAACUGAUUUUACAAACAUUUUCACAAUCUUUUUAAUAAAUCAAACUAGACAUGCAAAUAUCCCAAUUUUUUUGGUUUUAAUGGUUGCAAAAUUUACACUAUCUAAAUUAUGUCACAACAAAUCUUCAUCUAUAGACAACUAUGUUUUAUCAAUUACAUUCAUUACACUUUGUUUGCAGAACUUGACAUUUUUUUCCAUGGGAAACACAAAUUCAAUAGCAACUGUUGACCUAUCUAAUGCUUAUAAUGGUAUUGAAACAUAUGACGUCUUUAUAGUGGGAGUUCUCACAUUUGUUUCCAACUUUGCAGGUCCAAUAUUUUGGUCUUUAUCAUCAUUACAAUUGAUUUUCGAACCAAGUUUUAUUUUUUUCAAAGGUCCCGAUAAAACCAAUUUAGUCAAUUUCUCAACAUUAAAAUAUUCAAUAUUACUAAAUUCAGAUUAG